CAGGCUACUACUCGUGGAGAAACGUGUGCAACGGUUCCUGGUUCAUGCAGGCGCUGUGUGCGAUGUUGCAGCAUCACAGCAAAGAGCUCGAGCUGAUGCAGAUCAUGACCCGAGUCAACCGCAAUGUGUCGCAACAGUUUGAGUCCUCCUCCAACCUUCCAGGGUUUAGCGGCAAGAAGCAGAUCCCCUGUAUCGUCUCAAUGUUGACCAAAGACUUCUACUUUCCCGUCUAGAUUAAGACACACUGUUGUGUUCACCUACAAGAAACAACCUGCCAGUGGGAAACAAUAUCCAUUUCAUAUUGAUCUAUUGCUGCUGAUUUCUUCCCUUUGUCCAAACGCUAAAGUCCUGCGAUGCAUUGCGUAGUUUAUGUGAAACAAGAUAGCAUCCAUUACAAGGAAUGUUAUACUAGGAGUACAAGGAGAAUCUAAAUGCAUUAUAAACAUGGAGCAGGCCAGUUUGAUUUAUAUUGAGCCUGUUUUUUCUAAUAUGUUUUUAGGAAAACCUUUUUAGCUGUUUGAAGUCUUUUUUGUCUUACAAAAAAUAUACUAAAGGGUGUUGGGACAAUUUCCUGGGAUCUUUGAAUAUGCCUUUUUCAGACUUUUUCUUAAACAUUAGCAGGAAUGUGAACCUUACUACAUGUGGAGUGACUCCUUAAACAUCGUACUGUAUAUUUAUUUAUAUAGAAAACAGUUAAUUUACCACAAACUUGGGUGCCUGGUUAGCUCA